GAACACGUUUUUUUUCUGCCUUUUCGUGUGUUUGCCAUUAUAUUUCAAGCUCGUUCGGAGACUUUUUCUAAGCAAAAUAUUUUGAAACAAGAUGUCUGAUGACACAGCCGAUAAAGAACUCAAAUCUUUAUGCAAGUUGUUCAUUGGGGGAAUUCCUCGAUCCAUAACCGACGAACAGCUAGCAGAGCAUUUCCUACAAUUUACAGAAGAUGAUUCACUCAACGACUGCGUGGUGAUAAAGGACGAAAUGAAGAACUCUCGCGGCUUCGGUUUUGUCACCUAUAACAAGCUGAGCGAUACAGAUAAUUGCUUAACAAACCGUCCGCAUAAUCUUGCCGGCAAAGAAGUCGAAGUAAAGCAUGCUAUACCACGAGAUGAAAAAAUUGAGACCAACCACGCUCGUACCAACAAGAUUUUCGUUGGUGGCCUCUCAAAGGAAGCGACAGAAGAGGAGCUUACUAAUGUGAUCGAGAAUCAUGUUCUGUCCAUUGGUGAAAACCUGAAUGCAAAAAUCACAAAAGUUGAUAUUAUUAGAGAUAAAGAGACCGGUGAGCCACGUGGGUUUGCCUUUUUGGAUAUGGCGUCAGAAGAUGAUGCAGAUAAAGUUGUGAUUGUGAAGCACUUUGAAGUUGCAGGUCGUAGGGUAGAGUUGAAGAAGGCUGAACCCAAAGGUGGCAGGGGUAGAGGUGGUAGAGGAGGCAGAGGUGGUCGUGGUAGAGGUGGUGGUAGAGGUGGUGGUGGUAGGAAUACUGGCCAGUUUGGUGGUGCAGGUGGGUGGGGUUUUGGAGAUCAAUAUAGUGGUUUUGGUGUUGACAGUUAUGGAGGGUAUGGUGCUUAUGGUGGUGGUGGAUAUGGAUUUGAUAACAUGGGGGCGUACAACCAGUAUGCACAACAAGCUUCAAGUUUUGGACCAUCACGGGCAUCAAAUGGGCGGUAUCGUGGGCGCAGUGGACCAUACUAAAUAUCUUCUCUUUGUUGUUAGCAAUCUUGUUCAGUGAUUGGUUAAACAUUAAGUCUCAAGAAAUAGGAAUGUAGCCCAUAGGCUAAGGCUGAAGAAUUUACCGUUAGACCUCAGAAGCAGAACUACUACAAGAUUUAAGCGGACUUGGACACAGAACAAUUGAGGCUAGGGCAAAUGAGGACAUCGUGAAAAUCAUUAAGAAAUUUUAGUCGUUUUAGCUUUUUUUGUAGAAAUAAUCGUUUUUAGGUUUGUUUUUAAGUGUAAUAUAUUAGUUUUAUUAAAUUUCUCACAAUUAGACCCAUAGUAAAAGAUCAUUAACUUGUCUCAAGUUUUAUUUCAGUAUAAGAUAGAAAUUGUUUAAAACUUCAGUGAUAUUAAAUAUCCAUUUGUCAGUAUAAAGCUGAUAUAGCUAUAAAUGACUGUGAAAAUAUGUAAUUUUUUGAGAUUUGCAUAUUAGGCUGUUAGUGAUGGGCAAAGCAGGGAAUUCAAAUUUGUUAUUGGGUUACAUAUGCAUGUAAAGAUAUGUCUUCUCAGAUAGGAAAUCAGUGAAAUUUGUUUGGUUACUUAUUGUCAGAAUUUCUUGCAAGUGGGUAAUUAUCUCUAGUGGUCUAGUUCAGGUCUAAUAUGAUAAUUGGUUUAAUCUAGCAAAAAGUCAUCCUGUUAUAGCUAGUCUCCAAAUUAAUAUAACUUUGUUGGUAAACUAGCUCCUUCGUUUAAAAAAGGGAAUAAAAAACUUACUAUCUUUUAA